UCACUCGGCUCCCGGGGCCACGGAUAGAGCCCUUGCAGAGGCGGAGGUGCGUCCGCUCCUCAUCAUGAACAGAGGUUUCUCUCGGAAAAGUCACACAUUCUUGCCCAAGAUUUUCUUCCGCAAGAUGUCAUCCUCAGCUGCCAAGGACAAGCCUGAACUACAGUUCCCAUUCUUGAUGGACGAGGAGACUGUGAACACAUUUCGUGAGUGCAAGACUCUCUUUGUCCUACGGGGGCUACCGGGCAGUGGGAAGUCUACACUGGCCCGAGCCAUCGUGGAUAGGUAUCGUGAUGGCACCAAGAUGGUGUCUGCUGAUGCCUACAAGAUAAAUCCAGGCUCCCAGGCUGUCUACCAUGAGGAAUACAAGCAGCUGGACGAGGACCUGGACAUCUCCUGCCGCCGUGAUGUUAGAGUCCUAGUACUGGAUGACACCCACCAUGAGCGUGACCGCCUGGAGAAGAUCUUCGACAUCGCUGACCAGUACCAGUACAUGGUGGUGCUGGUGGAGCCUAAGACAUCAUGGCGGCUGGACUGCAAUCUGCUUAAGGAGAAGAACCAAUGGCAGCUGACUGCUGAUGACUUGAAGAAGCUGAAACCUGGAGUGGAGAAGGACUUUCUGCCGCUCUACUUUGGCUGGUUCCUGAGCAAGAAGGGUUCUGAGAACUUGCAGAAGGUUGGACAGACCUUUCUGGAUGAGCUGAGCAGCCACAAGGCCUUCAAGAAGGAGAUAGAGCACUUUGGGUCUGGGGAUGAACCUAAGGAGAAGAUUGCCUUGGCUUCGUACUUUGUGAAGAGGCCUCCGGUAGUGCUGCACUGCACCACCAAGUUCUGUGACUAUGGGAAGGCCGAAGGGGCCAAUGAGUAUGCCCAGCAGAAUGUGGUCAAGAAAUCCUACUCUAAGGCCUUCACCCUGAUCUCUGCACUGUUUGUGACACCGAAGACGAUGGGUGCCCGGGUGGAGUUGAGUGAACAGCAGCUGCCGCUGUGGCCAGCGGACGUGGACAAGGUGACACCUAGUGACAACCUGCCCCGAGGCAGCCGUGCCCACAUCACACUGGGCUGUGCAGCAGGUAUAGAGCCUGUGCAGACCGGUAUUGACCUGCUGGAAAUGGUUCGGCAAGAGAAGGGGGGAAGUCAAGGAGACGAGCUAAGUCGGGGCAAGCUCUACUCCUUUGGCAAUGGGCGGUGGAUGCUGCGUCUGGCCAAAAAGCUAGAGUUUAGGGCCAUCUUCAUAGGAUACUAUGGGAAAGGCCACACUGUGCCCACGCACAGCAGCCGAAAGGGAGGUGCCUUGUUAUCUUGUACCAUCAUCUAGACAAUGGGCUACCCUUUCAAACUAUU